CUUUUUUGAUGCUCUCCUGGAAUUGCACAUUCUAUUCCAUUAAAUCAGAAAGCCUGUGACACUGACCCUACAUGGUUGAAAUCUUAACUUGUUCUUCUCAUUUUUUCUGUUUUGUUCAUUCCCAUGGAUUACUUAUAUGUCCACCAAAGUCAUGCAAAGGCAUAUCUUUUGAUUAGAGCAUCCAACUUUGGUUUCUUUCAACAGACAGAAGAUUAAUGCUGUUUGCCUCUUAGUAAAGAAAAGGAAGAGGUACACUUUAACCUUCUAGAUUCAUACCAGAAGAGAAGAUAUACAGAUAUACAGCUUAAAAUACAGUAGCAACACUUUGAAAAGACACAUAUACAUAUGCAUGAAGAGAUUGGUAGGUAGCUCAGAAAAAUAACAUAUUAAGGCUUCACGGAUUUUGUUGAGCUUCUUCAUUUGUGCUCCACUGAGCUUUCAGUAAUCAGAUUUCCCGGGGCAUGAAAUCCUCGAUUGCUAUCAGAAAUCCAAGUAAUCAGCAUCAUACUGAUUAGAUUUAUCUUUAUUUUUCUCUUUGGAAGAUUUUACAAUGGUACAAGCGCAAAAGGUGCUGCUGUUCAUCGUUCUAAUAAUAGUGGCUGUUCUUGUUCUUCCACCCCUCACCAAGGCAUCUGAUGAAGCACAUGCAGAAUUGGACACCUUCAACAAUCAUUCCAAGAGUAAUAAGUUGAGUCCUCAGAUGGUAUCUGACAUAACAGUACACGGAUUUCUCCUUUGGACAUCAAUGGGUUUCUUGAUGCCGGUAGGAAUACUUGUCAUUAGAAUGAUGAAUACAGAACAAUCUGGAAAAAGACUGAAGAUUAUGUUUUACACACAUGCAACUCUUCAGGCAAGUUCCAAGAUACUUUCAGUGCUUCUGGUAACUGCAGGAGCAGUUUUGUCGAUAAGAAUGUUUGAAAAUACUUUCAACAAUAAUCACCAGAGGUUAGGAUUAGCACUCUAUGGUGUUGUAUGGUUGCAGACCUUGGUUGGAUUUUUCCGCCCAAAAAGGGGAAAUAGAAGAAGGAGCUUAUGGUUUUUGGUCCAUUGGAGCCUGGGGACUGCAGUUUCUCUAUUGGGAAUCAUAAAUGUGUACACAGGCUUACUAGCCUACCAAAAGAGAAGCUCGAAAAGCAUUAACUUCUGGACCACAAUUUUCACUGUCGAGGUUCUCUUGAUUGCCUUUCUAUACUUGUUUCAAGACAAAUGGAACUACAUAAAGAAACAAGGAGUAGUUCUAGGUGAUGCACCAGUCCAACCCACUAAUCAGGAGAUGAAUUUCGCAGCGAAGCCAAUUAGCCCUCACAGAGGUCCCUCCAGAAAAUUAAUGGUAUAUUCAUCUCACUGAUCCUGAUUUUGCCAACAGAAAGACUGUUCACAACAUCACUCAGUGUGAGAUCUUUAGUUUACCAUCUGUAAUUAUUGAACUAGUGGUAUAGUGUGGUUAUCAAAAUUCAUGUAGUAGACAUGUAGUGGAAGCUUAUGCCUAGAGUUUAAACUAUAAUUUUAUUAUUAUAUAUGUUUGAAUUUAAUGCUUC